CCUUCUGUCCUUCUCUCAGUAAGGAACACACUGCGAUCUCUGUUGUCUCUCUCCAAACUGCACAUGUUUCUCAGCUUCUUCUAGUUCUGUGGAAAAGAGAAGCAUGUUCUGGAGUGGCUGCUACAUAUGCAGACUUGCUUAAACAUGUAGCACAAGUUAGCUGCUCAAAACAGCAAGUGAACUCCGAUUACAAUAAAGUGGAUUGGUUAUAAACAGGAUACUUAUUUAAGACUCGCAUGCAGCUGUCUACUUUUUAUCAGACAGUGGAGGACCUGUGAAGGGAGACAAUUCUCAAGACUACCUGCUCAUCACCUCUCCUUCGGAAACAUCGUUAUACAGCAAAUAUGAAAGAAAGCUAUUGUGGCUAUGAGAAUCAGCUAUUCAAAGAGGAGGACCUGACCGGGGAGGAGGAGGAGAUUCCUCCCUUCAGAGGAAGAACCCGAGGAGGUUGUUUGAAAUGUCAGCAGACUCGUUCUCUCCAGCUGGCUGUCAGAGUUCUUUACGGCUUCUUUGCCUUCAUAGUCAUCGCCUUGGCAGUGCUGGCUUCUCUGGUUUUUAGGAAGGUUGACAGCUUAUAUGAAGAGGAAUCACUUUAUCAUAAAAGGAUGACCACGGGCCAGGGGAGUACUCAAGAUGUCAUGAACUGUACAGAAUGCUACAGCACAGUUAACUUCCGGGACGAGAUCAUUAGGCUCAAAAAGGAGUUUGAAGACCUCCAAAAGAUGGUUGUGGGUCAAGAGCAGUUAUUGGACCAGAACACUCAAUCCCAAAACACUCUAACACAGUCCAAUAACAGGAUGAUGAGAGAUGUCCAGGCUUAUGGGAUUACUAUUAAACGAAUAAACCAAUCUCUUGAGCAGUACCUGAAUCAGGUAAAUGGAUGGCAGGCUGUUAUCAAUGAGACUGAUCAGGGCAUGAAGACCUUGGUCCAAGAACAAUAUGAUUUGAAGGCUACUGUUCAACAGGUCAACAGCACUGUCUCACUUAGUGCCUUGUGGAUAGAUGCUCUUCAGAGGAAAGCCGAAGAAGAGGCAUUGGUGUUACAGAAAAUUACCAAAGACUGGCAGAACUACAGCAGAAUACUAAGUGCACUCAAGUCCAAUUCCAGCACUAAUGUCCAAACUAUGCGAAGCAUCCAGAGUGGCAUCUCUGCCACAUAUCAGAGAAUCAGCAUGAGCUCAGAUAUGGUGCAGGAGCUCACAUUACAGGUCGUGAACCUGCAGACACAGCUGGAAAACGUGUCUUCAUACAUUGAUGAGCAUGAGGAGAACAUGCAUGACCACCAAUAUCACGCAAAAUACUAUGAAAAUAGGACUGGGGAAAGGUUUAUGACACUCGAUACAAGAAUGGGUUCCAUUGAACUGGAGAUUGAGACCAUUGCCUCCAGCAUUAAUGCAACAGUCAGCCAUGUUCAGAGCAUGUACAAAUAUAUCAACAUGGAGAGCUCAUCUUGCCAGUUAAAGCUGGGGGGCCACACAGAAGACUUGCAGAAUUUAAACAAUACUGUCUUGCUUCUGCUUAACCUUGCUGAUUCCUUGAGAUCACAAUAUAUGAUCCUUAAUGUACGUCUUGAUAUGGAUAUGAGGAACAUCUCUAUGGUUAUGGAGGAGAUGAAGUUGGUGGACACCAGGCAUUCUCAGCUAAUCCAAAACUUCACCAUUUUGAAAGGUGCUCCUGGUCCACCAGGUCCAAAGGGGAACAGGGGCGAAGCAGGGCCAUUAGGUCCUACAGGAUCAAUAGGGGUUAAAGGAGACAAAGGACGCCCUGGUGUUCCUGGUCCUCCAGGUCCAAAGGGUUUUAUAGGGCCUAAAGGAGCUCAAGGGGAACCUGGACCUUAUGGAAUGAAAGGAAGCCAAGGUUUUAAAGGAGCCAAAGGGUCUUUAGGACAACCAGGACCUCGAGGUGAACAGGGGCAGAAGGGCGACAUGGGAUUUCCAGGCAAAGAUGGAUUGCAAGGGCCAAAAGGACCACCAGGAAUCCAGGGUAAAGCAGGACUCCCAGGUUUACAUGGUAUCCCUGGGCCUAGAGGAAAGCCUGGACCUGUUGGCCCACGUGGACCUCCUGGACCACCCGGGAACUCCACGAUGGGAUGAGAAACUACUCAGUUACUAAAAUUGUAGAAACUUGUGGUUUCACAAACCACCUUGCUGGAAACACAGUGAUGUUACCGAGUAUGGAUAGAUGAACUCAACUACAGCUGCUUACAUUGCAUGAAAAUUUCACCUUAAAUAGACCUUAUCUUCAAUAUACAUUCCUCAGGCUAUAAACCGCACAUACAUAUACAAUAUCUGACACGCAUCACAUGACUGUGCACUUGGCAACAUGACCAUUAACUUGUACUGAUGGUGGAAGACUACGUAGACUACAGCACAGUUUUUUUGCGACGUUUUUGGACUUUUGCUUUUCUUAUAUAUCUUAAAAAGAUAUUUUAAGAAUGUCUUUAAAUGAUAGAACAGUAUGUUGUGAUAUUUGUGAAGGCAUUUUAUGUGUUCAUUUCAUUAAGAAUCCCUUACAUAUCAUGACAACAAAUGUUAAGGCACUUUAAAUGUUAAUAGUAUUUUUAAUCUAGCCAUUAUUUUAGAAUUAGUUCUAUUUUUGUAUAUA